AUGGGAAGUUUAUUGCACAUUUUUGAGUUCAAUCAGGGGAGGAUGGCCAAAAAAGUUCAUGCCCAUAAAAAAAGUAAUGAUGCCCUGGAAACUCCUCGAAGUAGUGUGGAGCUGCAAGUAGAAACAUCUCAGGUCCACUGUCCUGAAGGAGAAUUACCUUACACUUGUCAGGUAGAAGAUGGCUGGUCAAAGAAUUAUAGUUACUCAAAUGUUGUUUCAGUGGAAAAAAUGAACAAUGAGAAGUUAUCCAAACAAUCAGGAACAAGAAAUAAUGCACCAAGCCUUGUGGCAAGGUUGAUGGGAAUAGACACGAUGCCAUUACCAUUAGACACUAAAUCUGUUGUUCCAUCAGAUGAAAGCAAACAUGAAAAUUUGGAGACGAUGUAUUCGAAAAAGGAAAUGGAUGGAAAGGGACUAGUUGGCAGGGGUUCCUCCAACUUUAAUUCUUCUAGCCAGAUGGAAUUUGAUUCACUUUGUCAAGACAUUGUUCAUGAUGAUGGAUGGACACAAAAACCAAGGCCAAGGGAACAUCCUCAGGAAAAGGAACUCAAGAAAUUCAAGAAAGAAUUUGAAGCAUAUAAAGCAGCAAGAUUUAAGGAGUGUUCAGAGGUUGUUGAAAUUGGAAGUGUUUCUAGGCAAAUUCUUGGUCAAGAGAACCUGAGAAAGGAGAAGAUGCAACAUGAUGCAAGGUCAAAGAGAGACAGCCACUCAUUUCAAACAAAGCUACCAAAUGGUGAUGUGAUGGAGUCAAUAUCAACUAAGAGAAGAGAAUCCUUUCCUUCAAGGAGUAGAACACUAAGUAGAGAUUUUGAGGAGUCUUUAGUGAUGAAAUCUAGAAGCAGAUUAGAUAUAUGUUCUUCUCCCGCCCAGAUAGUUAUAUUGAAGCCUGGUUCUGAUAGGAUCUGCAAUUGCAACCAUGAAGAGAGUUGCAUCAGUGUAUCAGGCACUUUACAAGGGAAAAAAGGCAUAGAAGAUUUUCUUGAGGAAGUGAGAGAGCGGUUGAAGUGUGAAAUGCAAGGGAAAACAGCCAAAAAGGGUUCUCUGAUUAGAGCUAGUGAGCUUGGGACACCUUAUAAUGAAAAACCAUAUGUCCGCUCAGAAUCAGCUAGAUCAUUCAAAAGUGAAAUUCAGUUCAAUGCACCAAGUUCCCCAGAAUUUUUCAAUAGAGAUACCGGGAGAUUCUUGUCAGAGAGGCUAAGAAAUACUGUAAAAAGUAAUGUUCAUUUUGACAUUCCUGCAGUGGCUUGUGGGAACUCAAGGUCAUAUACAGUAGACAAUGGCAGAAUUAGACUAAAGCAAAAAGAGGACACUAUGAAGUGUGCAAUUGACAUGAACCAGUGGGAAAUUUUAGAAGUGAAAAAAGAAAUACAAACAGGUUCGUAUAGACAUAAACUAGAUGACAAUGUAUUGCUCCACAAGGAGUUGUCCCCUAGGAACCUUGUGAGAUCCUUGUCCGCUCCAGUAUCAGGAACAUCGUUUGGGAAGCUUCUUCUAGAGGACUGCCACUUGAUAACUGGCGCUCAUAUCCAGAGGAAGCUGGAAGCUGUUGAAGAAAUGCCUAUUGAUGUUAAGAAAUGGAAAAAAGAUAAAUUUAGUAUCAAAGAAAAAGUUUCCAAUUUUAAACAUAUUCUUGGUCUAAGAGGGAAGCUGUUUGGCAAAAGGCUUCAGACGAUAGUAGAAUCACAUGGCAAUGAAUAUGGUCCCAUUUUGAGAGAUAUCAGGAGUGGACCAACUGUUCUCAUGAAGUAUGGUGAGAGAAAUGAGAACUCCACUGAGGUACCUCCUAGUCCUGCAUCUGUGUGCAGCUGUGCUCAAGAAGAAAAUUGGAGACAGAUUGAUUAUUUAAGUCCAAUAUCAACUCCAGAUGUAUCUUCACUAGAUGAUAUUGUUAUACCCAAGGUUUUUAGAGAUAUCAGCUCUGGUUUGAUUGAACUAAGGAGGCAACUCAAUCAACUUGAUUCGGAUGGCGUUGAGGACUUCACCAUGAAGGAGGACCCUUUUGAGUCUGAAUUAGUUCAAUUGGAUGAUCCAGCAGAAUCUUAUGUAAGAGACCUGCUUGUUGCCUCUGGUUUGUACUUUGGUUCAUGGGAUAAAUCUUUAUUAAGAGGGGACACACUUGCAAAGCCUAUUGGCAACUCAGUUUUUGAAGAAGUAGAAGAAUCUCACAAGAUAUUGGUCAAGGAGAAUGAAAUAUUCAUAAAGGAUCAGAAUAAAUUAGAGCACAAGGUUUUACUUGACUUGUUAAAUGAGGCUCUUUCGAUUGUUCUUGGAUCAACUUUGCCUUUGUCUAGAUUCAGAAAGAAACUAAGCAAUUCCUGCAUGCAGCCUCCGCCAUAUGGAAAGGAACUACUGAAGUUAGUGUGGGACAUUAUCCGUGUUUCUUUAUCUCCUCCAUCUUAUUUAUUUCCUUGUUCAUUUGAUAGUUUGGUGGCACAAGACCUUGGACCCAUCUCCUGGUAUGGACUCAUGAAUGAUCAGAUCAAUAUAUUGGAGACACAGAUAGAAUGUCUAAUAACUGAUGAUUUGGUGGAAGAACUCACAAAGGAUAUGCUCUUAGGUAUAGUGUGA